AUGGAGACAAGCCGAGCCGAAGCCGAGCGUCUCCUUGGCAUCGCCGAGAAGCUCCUCCGCAACAAGGACUACGGCGGCUGCAGGGACUUCGCCAUUCUGGCUCAGGAGACGGAGCCGCUGCUCGAUGGCUCCGAUCAGAUGCUAGCCGUGGCCGAGGUCCUCCUGGCCGCCGAGAACAAGCGGCUCAACAGCAGCCAGCCGGAUUGGUAUGCUGUUCUCCAGAUCCCGCAGCGCACAGACGAAGCCGAGCUGAUCAAGAAACAGUACCGGCGGCUCGCGCUCCUCCUCCACCCGGACAAGAACAAGUUCCCAUUCUCCGACUCGGCCUUCCGGCUCGUAGCCGAAUCGUGGGCCGUGCUCUCAGAUCCAGCCAAGAAAUCGGCGUACGACGGCGAGCUCGCUUCCCGGUUCACCAAGGUGGAUCUCGUGGCCGCGAAAAAGCAGCAUUUCAAUCAACAGCAGAAAAGUCAGCCGCAGGCGAGGGGAGAUAACCCGCAUCAAAAAAUUCCCGUCCGCCGUAGCGCGAGAGGCGGUUCCAGCGCCGGCGGUGGCACCACCGCCGCCGAAGCUGACGUCGCCGGGGUGAAAUCGACCGCCAGCGAAAACCCUAGCUUGGCGGGGAACAUCUGGACGGCGUGCCCUUACUGCUACAAUCUGUACGAGUACCCCAGGAUCUACGAGGGCUGUUGCUUGAGAUGUGACAACGAGAACUGCAAGAGAGCUUUCACGGCGGCCCCGAUCUUGUCUAUGCCGCCCAUGGUGCCUGGGUCAGAGGCGUAUUACUGCUGUUGGGGCUUUUUCCCCAUGGGGUUUGCCGGAGGCAAUUCUGGGAAGGGAAAUGGGUUUCCUACAUGGAUGCCGCCAAUGUUUGGGGAAAGUGAGGCGGCACCAGCACCAGCACCAGCACCAGCACCACCGGAGGAGGUGCAGGCAGAUCCCACCUCCGCCCCGCCAUCUCCGCCACCUCCGCCGCCACCACAGCCACCUCAGAAUGCACCACCGGUUGCUGCUGCUGCACCUACAGCCAGAAAGAGGGGCAGGCCAAGGAAGAAUGUCUAG